GGCGGAAACAUCAGCUAUGCCUGAUCUGUUUGGUUACAAUUUUAGCUGAGACUUAACAGAAGAGAGACCAGCUUGAGACAAGUACAGCAGCAAGACACCCACUGCUCAGCAGGAAUCAAAAAGAGGUUACAUCAUGAGGCAGAUCUCUGAUGCCUGGCCAGGUCUCUCUGCAUCUGUAUACAAUGUCCUUGUUCUGGGUGUCAUCUUCACCACAUGUCUUCUUCUGCUGGACUUCAUGAAGCGCAGGAAGCCCUGGACUCACUACCCCCCAGGCCCAACUCCAAUGCCCUUUGUGGGAAACUUGCUGCAGAUUGACUUUGGCAACCCCCAUACCUCACUGACUCAAAUGAGUAAGAAGUUUGGGGAUGUGUACAGCCUGCAGUACUUCUGGAAGAACUUGGUCAUAUUAAAUGGUUUCCAAACCAUGAAGGAAGCUCUGAUCCAAAAAUCUGAGGACAUCGCUGACCGGCCAAGUUUUCCCAUCUAUGAACAUCUUGGAUAUACAGGUGAUUCCAAAGGUCUUCUGAUAGUCAAGUACGGCAAAUCCUGGAAGGAGCAGAGAAGAUUUACGCUGACUACACUCAGAAAUUUUGGAAUGGGCAAAAAUUCCCUGGAGGACAGAGUCACAGAAGAAGCACAAUAUCUGUGCACUGAGUUCCAGGCUAAGAAAGGUCUCUUUGACCCUCGUUUCAUCAUCAACAACGCAGUAAGUAACGUCAUCUGCUCCAUUGCUUUUGGGGACCGGUUCCAGUAUGACGAUGAAAAAUUCCAGCGUCUUCUCCGUCUGUUUGAGCUAACACUGAAGGAGGAAUCAGGGUUCCUGGCUCAGGUUCUGAAUGAGGUUCCCUGGUUAUUGAAUGUUCCUGGAAUGGCUGACAGAGUUCUUGCUCAUGAAACAGAGAUUAUCCGCUUUCUGGAGGAUAUGGUGGCGGCUCAUCGUGAGAGCUGGGAUCCCAACUGUGUCAGAGACUUUAUAGAUGCAUAUCUGCUGGAGCUGGAAAAAGUGAAAGACACUGACAGCAGCAUUAACGAGGUGAAUCUGCUACUGACCACGUAUGACCUAUUCACAGCUGGUACUGAAACCACCUCCACCACCCUGAGGUGGGCACUUCUAUUCAUGCUCCUCUACCCAGAAGUGCAGGAGAAAGUUCAUGAGGAAAUAGACAGAGUGAUUGGACGAAGCAGACGACCUACAAUGGCUGACAUACUUAGUAUGCCGUACACCAACGCUGUCAUCCAUGAAGUCCAGCGCCGGGGGGAUAUUGUCCCCCUAGCAUUGCCACAUAUGGCCUAUAGGGACACAGAGAUUGGAGGAUAUUUUAUACCCAAGGGAACAACCAUUAUCACCAAUCUGUCCUCGGUACUGAGGGACGAGAGAGUCUGGGAGAAGCCGCUGCAGUUUUACCCGGAGCAUUUCCUGGAUAAAGGCGGCAAGUUUGUAAAACCUGAAGCUUUCAUGGCGUUCUCUGCAGGACGACGCGUUUGUCUGGGGGAGCAGUUAGCCCGGAUGGAGCUUUUCCUGUUUUUCACGUCUCUCAUGCAAAAUCUGAAGUUUGAGGUCCCCAGUAAUCAGCCACAGCCUCGAGAGGACCCCUUGUACGCGUUUACCCUCAGCCCGUACCCUUAUGAAAUGUGUGCAUUGCCUAGAGCAGGUCCACUCAGCUAGUGACCCAACGCCACACCAGCGCAGUGACAAACCGCGAGAAUUGUGCCUUUGUGUCACUGCACAAUGUGUUCUGCUUUUGUCUCAUGCUGGCUACAAACAGAAUUAAACCAAAUUAAACAUACUAAUAUGGAAACACACAAAUAUACGUAAGUGCACAAGAAAGAUGCAGAGGUGUCCAAACCUUUUGUAUGGAGGGCUGGGAUUGGCUGGGGACACAGUACGUUAUACUCACACAUUAAAGAUCAUUCUCAGAAUAAAAUGACUUUAUAGUCAGAUUUAA